AGGACCACUUUUAAGAUGAUUGUUGGUCGUGUUUCCUGUCCCGGAGGGAGGAGCCUUAUGUCUCAGAGGCUGUCAUGGAAGACUCCUAGAAAAAGGGUUACCAAUCCGAAAGUGUGCAGCACCAUGGAGUCCCCUCUGAAAGACUGGAAAUCCAAAUAUCUGGCAUCUAUUAAAGAGGUCUUCCAACCUAUCGAAGAGCAUGCCUGCCACCAGGGGAAGGUUGUAGGUGGGAGAUAUCCAAGGCUCCGCACCCUGAGGAUUAAUAAGGAGGAACAUCCCACAAUCCCUUUUUCUGGCACUUUACUUGAGCAGGCGGAGGUCACCAAGUCCUCAGACCGAUAUUCCCCAUCCAGUGUCCAGGACCUGUUUGUCCCUGAUGGCAGCGGAUUUGUCCCCAAGACUCUGGUGUUGGUGGGGCCUUCUGGAAUUGGUAAAACUCUGACCACACAGAGGAUCAUGCUGGACUGGGCCUCUGGAAAGCUCUACACCAACCAGUUUAAUUUUGUGUUCUAUCUGAGCGGCAGACAAAUAAAUAAAAUUACCGGCAAUAUCAAUAUUGAAGGACUUGUGACCAAAAGCACCAAGCUGCAGUUCUCUGAGAAUCUGAUCAAGUCGGCUCUCAACGAUCCCUCCAAGGUUCUGAUCAUUCUGGAUGGGUUUGAUGAGUUGAGGUGGACCCUGGAAGAUGACGAUGAGGAGGACUGUGAAGACCCCUUCGAGAAAACCCACAAAGAAACCCUUCUAAGAUGCCUAUUGAGCAAAGAGAUCCUCAGCGAUGUCUCAUUGCUCAUUACAUCCAGAUCAAUGUCCCUCAAGAAGAUGAAGGACUUUGCUCGGUCCUCUUCUUCUGUAGAACUUCUGGUGUUUUCAGAGGGAGAUCUCGAACAAUUUUUCCACCAUUUCUUUAACAACAAAGGUCAGGCAGAACAGGCUUUCUCUGUGCUGAAAGGGAACCAAGUUCUGUUGGGUUUGAGUUCGGUCCCUUUGACCUGUUGGCUUGUCUGUAGGAUACUGAAGACGGGAAUGAAGGAUGAGCUUGGCUCAGAAAACUGUAAAACUCUCACCUCCGUGUAUCUCUCUUAUCUCAGAAGUGUCCUCCUCAAUCCAGGCAGCACCCAGCCAAUACUCCAGUGUCUGAAGAACCUUUGUGCGUUGGCCAAUGACGGGAUCCUGAAUCAGAGAAGCUUGUUUGAUGGGGAGGAUCUUGGAAGGAAUGGACUGACUCUAUCAGAGGUGGCUUCUGUUUUCCCAAAUGAUAGCAUUUUCCAAAAGAAUGUGGAAGACCCAACCAACUACAGCUUCAUUCACACGAGUGUUCAGGAAUUCUUUGCUGCUUUGUAUUAUGUGCUGGGAGAAGAUUCAGAGGUUAAAGAGACCAAUGGGGUAACUGGAGAUGCAUUCCUCCCAAGAGUCUGCAGUGGAAGAACCCUGUUUUAUCAGUCGGAACAUCACCCAAAAUUGAGGUCAACCAUAAAGUUCCUCUUUGGCCUGCUCAAUAACAAGCAGUUGAAGGAGCUUGCAGAGGUCGUUGGGUCUAGCGUUUCUCUAAGAGCCAAAUCCGCCAUGGAAAAAUGGCUGACAGACGGAAAACCUUCUGAAUUCUGUCCUGACGCACUAACCUGCUUCUACGAAGCUCAGGAUGAAGCGUUGCGUAGCCGAGUGUUCAGUGCCCCGGACCUGCUGUUCCAGUCGUGUUUUUACAGCUCAUUCAUGGAGAAUGUUCGUGUUCGAGAGAUGCUGUAUUGUCUGGGAGAUCGGGCGAGCUUUGUCUCCAUCCGCCUGGAGGAUCACCUGAUGCGACCCAAGGACUUGGCAUUUCUGGCUCCCUUCUUCCAUAGAUCUUCAAAGCUUUCCUUUACACGGUGUGGCUUUGCUGAGGACUUUGAGACCGGUGGAAAGGCUUCCUGGCUGUCCAACCCAGACAGCAAGAUCCAAGAACUGGAGUUCCAUGUUAGUGUGGUCGCCCCGUCCUUCCUCGAGGAUCUUCGUUCUCUUAUUUCUUCCAGCCGAUCACUCACCAAACUUGUCAUAAGCCACCACAUUCUGGAGGACUCCGUUUUGAAAAUCUUCUGCGAUGGUCUACGCCAGCCGGGCUGUACCCUGCGGGAGCUAUCGCUUGAUGACUGCAACUUGACCGCCACGAGCUGCGAGAUCCUUGGCUCCGCCCUUAAAGAAAACCGCUCUCUGCACAAGUUGGAUCUGGCACUGAAUAAAGUCGAGGACGAUGGAGUGAAAUUUCUAUGUGAGGGGCUGAAGGAUCCGGGCUGUACUCUGCAGGAGCUGAGGAUGGAAUUCUGUGAGCUGACUCCGACCUGUGGGGACUUCCUCAGCUCUGCUCUGAUGACCAAUCGGUCGCUCACCACCUUAUAUCUGAGAGAUUGCCGCCUCCAGGACUCCGGGACCAAGCUGCUGUGUCAGGCGCUCCGCCAGCCGGGCUGCACUCUGAAGGAGCUGGUGUUGUUUGAGGUGAACCUCACCAGCGCGUCCUGCGAGGAUCUACGAUCGGUGAUUCUUGCAAACCGGACCCUGACCAGCCUGAAUGUGAGGGACAACAACCUUGGGGACUCCGGAGUGAAGACUCUCUGUGAAGGACUGCGUGACCCGGGCUGUACCCUGCAGGAGCUGAUAUUAACGUCCUGUGAGCUGACCCAGGCGUCCUGCGAGGACCUCCGCUCAGUCCUCCUCACCAACCGAUCUCUGACCAAACUGAGCCUCACCUGGAAUAGUCUGGAGGAUUCUGGAGUGAAAGUUCUGUGUGAAGGGCUGAGAGACCCGCACUGCCCCCUGCAGGAGCUGGAUCUGUACGGAUGUGACCUGUCCUCCUCCCUGGAAGAUCUCUCCUCUGUGAUCACCACCAGCCGAUCUCUCACCAAACUGGAUCUGACGGGAAAUAGAUUCACGGACUCCGGAAUGAAGUUGCUAUGUGAGGCGCUCCGGAACCCCGGCUGUACGCUGCAGACAUUGAGGGUGGGGUAUUGUGAGCUGACCGCUUCCUGCACCGAGGAAGUCAUGGCCGUCAUUAAUAAAAACCGCUCUCUGAAUGAGUUGGAAGUAACCUUCAGCUUUGAGGAUGUAGCGCCCCCUGCAGAUCUGGACUCGAUGUUGGCGAGAUUUGAACACCCGUCCAUCACCGUGGAGAAGAACGAUACCCAGGAUGGACUCUUCAUCUACAUCAAAUACAAGAAACAAGAGUGAGGAUCCCGACCUCCAAUCCAAGGUCAGCCGGAUGACGGCCUUCGUAUCUCAUUUCCCCUCCCCCUCACACUGCACCUUAUACAACGCCGGACUCCAAAGACUCGGGACGACCCUCGGAUUAUGGACGGGUUGACCCUAGGAUUACUCCAAUGAUAACUGCACUAUGUCUGGAUGGAAACUUCACACGAGAGUGGAAUGACCCAAUCUGAGGAUUGCUCUGCCCCCCCCCCCCCCCCCCCCCCUUGUAGCAGAACGCUUUAUUAAAAUGCAAUAUAACUGUAUCUAGAGCCAGCUAUUUUUGGAUGAAGUAUUUGGAGUGUCCCUGUUGAGGACCCCUCCCCCUACCCAUGUGGGAGGGACAUCUGGUGAUAGAAUCCAGGAAGUGAUGGGUCACAGGCUGCAGUUAACACCUAACUGACCCUUCUCUACUCCAUCCAAAACUGAUACAAAUUGUGGCUUUAGAUAAAUUCCAGCAUUGUAAGCUGAUGCUUGUGUAGAAUGUGUGUCCCCAGCUAAGUGCCUUAUCGGGGCCCCUGAGCUCCUCUAUAUAACGGCUGUUACAGGAAAUGCAUUAGCACUGGACGGUUAUUCCGCCAUUAUUUGCACUAUUAGUCCCCAUGGCAACUGUAUUCAUUUCAUAGUGGAGUUUUCAGUGAUUUGGAUUGUUCGGGUUUCAUUCUCACUUUUUUGGAUCAGAAAUGUUUCCAUGAAAAGUCUAAUAAAGAGAUUGCAAAGA